GCCGAGCGCCGCGGCUCGGGAGUUGAUGGCAGCACCACGGCGCGGCCGCCCGGCCGAGCGCGCGGCGCAGCCACACGCCGCUGCCCGGGGAGCGCCCAAGAUGUGGGGAGACCGGGGCGGCAGCGGCCGUAGCAGCGCCAGGGACGGGGGCGCACAGCAGCCUCCGCUCGCCCGCCUGUCCUGACCUGCCUCGCCUGUCCCCAAAGAAUGUCAGCCAAGUCCAAGGGGACCCCCUCCUCCUCCGCUCCAGCCGAAGGACCGCCGGCAGGCUCCAAAACCAAGGUGAAGGAACAGAUCAAAAUCAUCGUGGAGGAUCUGGAAUUAGUCCUGGGCGACCUGAAGGACGUGGCCAAGGAACUCAAGGAGGUGGUUGACCAGAUUGAUACACUGACCUCUGACCUACAGCUGGAGGAUGAGAUGACCGACAGCUCCAAAACGGACACGCUGAACAGUAGCUCAAGUGGCACCACAGCCUCCAGCCUGGAGAAGAUCAAAGUGCAGGCUAAUGCGCCGCUUAUCAAACCCCCAGCACACCCGUCUGCUAUCCUCACCGUCCUGAGAAAGCCAAACCCUCCACCACCUCCUCCACGGUUGACACCUGUGAAGUGUGAAGAUUCCCAAAGGGUGGUGCCAACUGCCAAUCCUGUAAAGACCAAUGGCACCCUUCUGCGAAAUGGAAGCUUACCAGGUGGACCUAACAAAAUUCCAAACGGAGAUGUCUGCUGCAUACCCAAUAGUAAUCUGGACAAGGCUCCAGUGCAGCCUCUAAUGCAUAGACCUGAAAAAGACAGGUGUCCCCAGGCAGGGCCUCGAGAACGGGUUCGGUUUAAUGAAAAAGUACAGUACCAUGGCUAUUGUCCUGACUGUGAUACCCGGUAUAACAUAAAAAACAGGGAGGUCCACUUACACAACGAACCUAUCCACCCACCAGGAAAAAAUCCUCACCCAGGGCCUCUCCUCCCUCCUCCCCCCCACCUCCCUCCUUUCCCGCUGGAAAACGGGGGGCUGGGAAUAAGCCACAGUAACAGCUUCCCCCCUCUCAGACCUGCAACUGUGCCUCCUCCCACUGCACCAAAACCACAGAAGACGAUCUUGAGGAAAUCGACCACCACAACAGUGUGAUAUUCCUCAUCUGUAAACUGGGGGUGAGGAUUGCAUCUAUUCCUAAGGGUUGCUGACAAAAUUAAAUGUGUUGAAUCAGGUAAGCUCUUAGAAUAGUGCCUGGGACAUUGUGAAUUCUCAAGAAAUACUAGCUACUAUUUUGUUCAUGAAUAUAUAUUGCCAUUUUUCAGAGACUGAUUACAUCACUCAUUACAUUUCUCUUCAAAUAGAUCCCAGGACUCACGUGAUACUUUUUGCCUGGUCAACUCCUUGACAUCCUUCAGAACUCAGUUUAGCCAUCACAGUGUCAUCCCUUCAGGAGACCUUUCAGAUCUCUCCCCCAACUCCACAUGUAUUAUGCUCUUAUAACACCCUGGGCUUUCCUAGCAUAACAUCUCAAUGCAUACUUAAAUUUCUGUGUAAUUACUGUUUCAUCAAAUAUGUAUAAAAAGCCUACCACAUACCAGGCACUGUUCUAAGCUUUGAGGACAAAUAGAUCAAGUUCCAGCCUCAAUGGAAUCAGUAUUCUGGUUGGGUAGACAGAAAAAUCAACAAAAAAAGUAUAAUAUAACUUUAGUAACAAUACAUAUUUUGAAGUCAAACAUUUUUAAAAUAAUAGGAGAACAUGUAAUUUUUUUAACCUUGAAAAAGAUUCUUAUUAAGUACAGACCACUGUGAGAAGAUAUUUGAACAGAGAACUUAAUAAAAUAAGAGAACAAGACAUGGUGGUAACUGGGGGAAGAGUAUCUCAACCAACAGGACCAACAUACGCAGGUGCUGAAGUAGGAGCCCGCCUGGGCCAUGUGGUUAAUAAUGAGGCCAGGUGGGCUGAAGAAGAGUGAGGAACGGGGAUAGGCAGGAGUUGGGGUCAUGACAAGAUCAUGAGUAUCUGAUUAGAUUCAGUCCCAUGUUCAGGAUUCUUGGGCUCCUUGAAGGUUCCAAAUUUUAUGAUUUUCUUUUUCAUUAUCAAGACUUAGCCCAGAAUAUGGCACAUAGCAAGUCUUCAGUAAAUAUUUAUGAAAAACAAACAAAAAAGUGACUGUAAAACAAGUGCCAGUGCCCUUCAGAGGUUUGGUCAACUAGAUAAGCAUGAACAAAUCAGACCAGAAUGUUCAGGGACCUCCAAGGGUUUGAUGUGGCUGAAAUGAAUGUGGCUGAAAGAGAAGUUGGGAGGUGCUGCAAGAGAGAAGCAAGUGCAAUGAGUGGGCACCAGGCCAUGCUGGCCUCUUGGCACACUGGGACAAGGUAGGACUUUAUAGGCAAGUACAGAGUUGUAGGCAGCACCAGGCUGCAUAAAGGUAUCAGGCUUUAAUUUUGAGGGAAAUCAGUCUACAGGUGAUAUAAAAGAUGAAGUAAGUAUAUAAGUGGAAGGAGGGAUCAGAAAUAAGGGAUAUAUUAACAUGGUUGAAUCGAUGAGGUUUUAAAAAAAUUGUAUGUCUGGGGUUAAGGAGAGAACAUAGUCUUGGUGGCAUCCAGUUUUCUGCUUAAGUACCUGAACACAGUGAUGCUGCUCACUGGCAUAGUCAUUGGUGCAGGGAGAUCUGAUUCUGCGGAUAUGGGACAAUAUUAUCAUUUAUUGUUUGAAUUGUUCUUUGUAUUAUAUGUCUGGUCAACCAAGUUAAAACAAAACCCAGAAAAAGGACUGUACAUUGUAUUAUAAUACUUUGUUAUCCAUUUCUUCUGGUAAGAUGACUUUCCCAUACAAAUUUUCAUUAAAUAUUUGUUUAGAAUUUUUCAUAUUAGCAUUUAUUAGGUGCACAUUAUACGCUUGAGGAAGGGGGAAAAACAAAAUGAUGAAGGAAGUGAUAUAUAAUUUCCUUUUAGAUCUCCAUGGAAAUAAACAGAUGAUAACAAUGAAAAAUCUUAGCACAGAUAGAUGAAUGGAGUUAAUUGUUAUCUUUGCCAUAUUGUCUGUGAUACAAGGCAAUACAAAAAUCCCCAAGUUCACUCAAGGAUUUGUGGCACCAACAGAUGGUAAAAUCUUGGAAAACGAAAUUAAUUAAGUCAUGUUGCAUUAAUUAUAAUAAAAAUCCAAACCUAAAUGUAGUGGUAUCAAUUUUAAGAUAUGUAA